AUGAGUUCGCCGACAGCUAGAAAGGUCUCAGUGCCGCAUACUGUACGGACAGCCGCGGAACCCCGGCAGAACAGACUGUUCACAGUCCGGCUAUCGCAUAUAGAAGAAAUCAGCCCCACAGUUCGGCUCCUGCAACUGACUAUACCCGCAAAUGUGCAAGACCCUGGACUACAAGAAUAUGUAGAAGAAUCCGAAGAAGCGGACAUUGGCCAACUACAGCCUUUUACAUUUUUCCCGGGCCAAUGGUUAGACGUGCAUAUUCCGUCUGUUGCGAACGCCGGUGGAUUCAGCAUCACUUCCACCCCGGCAGAUGCCCAGGUUCUGCCUUCGCUGGAACCGUCGCCUGACCUUAUCCCAGCGGAGGAAGCGGAGAUCCUCCCUGUGAAUGCUCAUGGGCGCGAGCCGUUCGUAGAGCUGGCUGUUCAAAAAGCCCUGUCGAACCCUGCCAGCGCAUGGCUCUGGAGGCCUAGAGAAGAAAUCCUCGGUAAGGAACUAAGCAUCCGGGUCGGAGGCAGCUUCGUGUGGCCGCCGUCAACGGUUAAACUUGAAGAAAUCCGGAAUGUGGUCUUCGUCGCUGGCGGAGUGGGCAUCAACCCGAUCAUGUCAAUGCUCUCCCACCUCAACAAUAAUGACGAAACCACUGGUUCUUUUCACCCUUCUUUAAACAUUCAUAUUCUUUACUCCUCUAAGCUCCCUCAUGCCGCAACGCCAGAAACAGCCCUCAACCAAAUUCCCUUCCUCCCGCGUUUGCGCGAAAUCGUCCGAUCUCGAAGACAAUCGCAGCGCUUGCGCGUUACCCUGGACCUCUUCCUGACUAACAAUCACGACUCAUCUUCCGCACUCCCAGCUCAGCCUCUCCAGGACUCGACAAUUCAGCUACGACGCAUCAGCCGAGAUGAUCUUUUCAGAUCGGUAUCCGGGAGAGACCCACAGUAUAAGCCUGAAGAGACAGUAUGCUAUGUCUGUGGCCCGCCUCAGAUGACUGAUGAGGUCGUCAAUAUCCUUAGUGAGCUGUUAGAUGGGCAGAAGGACCGAAUAUACUUUGAGAAAUGGUGGUAA